AUGAGAGCAAAAGAGCGAGUACGACGGGCAAAAAAAUACCGACAUCGAGUUGCAGAGAGUGGUAGAGAACGGCAGAGAGCUACAAAGAUUGAGGAGAGAGCAAGGAUGUGCAAGCGAUCCUACUUGGUGAAAUCCGCCUGCUUUGGGGGAGUUCGUGAGGGCACUGGACGUUUGCACGUACGAUGGUUCGCAAGUGUUACAUAUAGGCGUUUGGCUCUCAACUCCUGCGCGGAGAUAGAAAGUGAAGACGACACAGCAAUUCACCCUCGGAUCAUGAUAUAUCAGGCCAUUCUUAUAUAUCUACUCGAAUGUGGAGGACAAAUUAUAACAGCCUGUCCUUCCCUCUGCAAUUGUGACAGCAAAACCAGAACACUGUCAUGUCAUGGCUGGAAAGACACAAGUCCACCAAAUGUUUCCAAUCCUGAUCGCUACGAAUUUUUGGACCUUUCUUCUGACAGUGGAACAAAGUAUCUCGAAACUGAAUGCAUUGAUUUAACGCACCUGAAAGCGCGAGCGGGAGUGCCGCUGCCCAGCCAGGCCGAGGCCGAGGGCGAGGGUGCGGGCGGCGGCGAGCUCCUGGGCGACGCGCUGGAGGCAGGUCGGCUGCCGGCGUCGUGGCUGGGAGUCGGGCGCUUCAUAUUCCUGAAGUUACUGCGCAUGUGCGGCGUGGGCCUGCGCCUCGUGCACAAGGACGCGUUUCGCUACCAGCUCAUGCUACGCUGCAUCGACCUCAGCCACAACCAUCUGCAGCGCCUCAACCUCUUCACGUGGCAGCGCCACGACGAGCUGCACUCGCUUAUCCUGGCAGAAAUUGGAUUUGUCUAAUAAUAACUUACAAAGCAUAACGCCAUCCACUACAUUUCCUCACUGUUUAAUGCAUCUGAACAUGAGCUGGAAUAAUAUGAAGUACUUAAGUUCCGAAUUUACAGAAUCUAUCAUGAAUAUCUCUGAAGUCAUGUUGAAUAAUAAUCCGUGGGAGUGUGAUUGUCAUCUAAUGGAAACAUGGCAGUGGGUUAGAAAUGUAACAUCAGAGGUAACAUUUGAACUCUUGUGCGUUGACCGAUUUUCAAACCGAUCAUGGAACGAAGUCUUCGAAAAUGAAACAUGUGAAAUUUUUACUAGCAUUGUUCCUACUGUUACUACCACUGAGGAAAUUAUACCCACUGUUGUUGACGUUGCUAUCUCCGCAGAAGAAACCGAAGUAAUAACUGAAGACUCUUUUACGGAAGAAAUAAUUUAUCGUGGAGAAGCAAGUGAUAUUGCACAUAAUCAACUAGUUCAUGUGAUUAUUUCUAGCAGUGCCAUAUUGUUAUUUCAGAUGGGGUUGUAUUUCUCGAUUUGGCGGAAAUUUAAAGCUCCCGGAUCCACACUAGAAGGACGUUCAAUUUCCUUACACUCAUUGCAGAUCCAAGUGUCAACGAACUCUCUGCUCCGAUCAUCUGAGUGUUGAUUACUAAUCUGAAGAAAGGAACACACAAGUGGAGCAGUAUAGUUUUAUUUAGGUAUGUUUAAAACUGUUGCGAAGUACUGUAUUCGUAGUUUAUACAUUGUAUUUAGUUAUUCAGAAUAAAAUUAUUAGUUAGCGUAAAAUUAUAUUACAUUUUUUAAAAAGAGAAUAAGUUAUGGUAAUAUUUUACAGCUUACGUAAAAUUAAGAAAUUGCAUAAAUUCCGUGAUGGUAGCAGAUAUCUUGUGGUAAUUCAUGUGAUAAAGGACUUUAAUGUGAUAAAGGUUUACUUUAUUGUGGACGAUUGUUUCCUCUAUCACAUUGAGAAGUUGAAUAAAUUGCUAUUUUUAUUCACUGCCUCUUUAUAUGAUCAGAAGAUUUAUGAAGAGUAAUAUACACUUUAGAAAGAACUUUCAAUCCCAAGAAUAUUAUUCAGAAUUAGUUUCAUUCAUAUUCUUUAAGAAAUGUGUUGAAUCUGAUUUUUAGAAUUAGAAAAACAAGUUAUUGCCCAGGAAACUUAUACAAUUAAAUCAAAAAAGUAUGCAUUUCAAAAUCAAUUAGUGUUAAUUUAAACGUCGUUGAAAUUUCGGUUUCCAACCAGCCUAAGCCAAUGCCUCCUAUAAUCGAACUCCACCUCCUGCGUGAGUUUAAGGCUGCGUAAAAAUGUGUUUGAGUGUUAAUAUGCGAACAUCAAUUUAUAAAGAAAGGGGCGAUAGCAUAGAUUGAUCACGUAAGUUGAAGGAUGUUCCAUAUUCUAGCUAUAUGCAAGAUCCAUAAAGAAAAGAUGUUCAACCUUUGCUCGUUACAAUGGUAUAGAUCGUACAGAAUAUGCCAUUUUACAGCAACAUUCUGCAAAUUCCAAGUGUUAUAACAGAUGAACAUGCUAGUAUAUGUAGAUAUGAUAAUUGGUAAUAGAUGAAAAAUGAAAUGCCUUAUGCUGUAAAUAUAUGCCGAUGAUCAUCACAUAUUAUAUCAAAUGUACGAAAUUCAUUAAUUGAUCCCAUUGAAUCAUACCUUUUGCUUUUAAACAGAUAUAUUUUGUAUAAAUGUCAAGGAAUAUGCGCAAAAACAAAACGAACAACUUAAAGAAUUAACAUUUAAUUGUAAUACAGUUUUGCUGUCUCCUGUAGAAUCUGGCUAAAUGUAUCUGGUCCCGUUUGGAAUGAAGCUCUUCAAUUUCUUUCGCCCGGUAAGAAGUAUAUAAAGCUUCAGUUUCCAUCUUCUGUGAAGCAUUGUUGAGAAAAUGUUUAAGUAUUGUCGUAGAUAGAGGAAAGUAUCCAAACCCGGACCCCAUUUAGGUUUCGAACAUCUUUAAAUCCAAUUUUCCAUACAAUUAAAACAAAAUAUUUGCAAUGCAUACCUCUCUUAUUAUACAAAUGUUAUAUUCUACAUUAAAUUAUUGGUCAAGUACUAUAAGAAUAACAUAUUUGGUUCGAAAAAAUUACACUUUAUGGAUUUAUAAAAAAGGUUUCCUAAUGUGAGCCCCCUCAAAUGUUUUGAGAAAUGGGAAAAACUAAAUAAAACUGCAAAUAGAUUGAACUCACGUUAAAUUUUACAAAAAUACAAGUUUAACUGCUUGUAUAUACGAAAUUGUCUUAUAUAUCUUGCACAUAGACUAUAUAUUCAAGUGCGACAAAAGUCACAAAUGUAAGCAACGUUUUCCGCCACCACUCUUUCUACAUGAGCCCAGAGCGAUCACAUUAGCCACAUCAUCCAUAGUUGUCCUACAGCUCUCUAAAGAUGUACACUGAAAAACAUGCACUCUGCAUCUUCUUCACUUGAAAGUGAAGAUAUUCCUGUUAGAACAUCCAAUUCGGAAGAGCCAAAGGACGUGUGUUCGAUUCUUCGCGGAAGGCCUUCCUUUUGCUUUUUGUUUAACUUCAGAAUUAUCUAAAAAUCUCUCUCUUUUCGACUUCUUUGGAAUUAAAUUCUGAAAUUGUCUCUUGAUGUCUUCCUCUUUCCUGCCCUUUCCAACUGGUAGGCUUCAGAGUACGCUUUUUCUUUUACUAGACUCCUUAGGUAUAUGGAGUGCCAAAUACCUUAUUGUUUUUACUUUACAAGACGAAGAAUUAGGAACAUUUGGGGGGCUCGGAUUACGCACCAGCGUGUUUUUAUUCCAAAAGUCAAUAGCAUUUUUACAAGGCAAGUAAAGUAAAUUACAUUAUCAUACAUCAAUAGCUUGUAAUGUCACCUUCAAAAUAAAGUAAUGUUUAGAAGACUUACUGAUGAAGUAGCGAAAUCAGGCAACUGAGAAUAAGCACUUGAAAAAAACUUGGCUUUUCACUGUUCGUAAUAAUGGCCGACAGUCCACCAACAAGUAAAAAUGACGACACUAUCGUUUGACUGAGCCUUGGAUUUGCAAAGAUCGACUAUUUUAGUACGUUUUCAAUAAGUAAUAUCACUCUACAGAGCUGUAACUCAAGGGGCUGGCAUUAGUAACCAGUCACGGUUUUGCGUACUUUCCUCUAUAGUAUACAUUUUCAGCAGAAAAAAAUCGUUGCAAAUAUUGGAUUCUGUAUUAUGAUAGAUGUAUUUUGUUAAAUUAUGCAUACAAGUUGGUUACAUAUUGAAAAUAUGUGUCGAAGGAAAGUAUUAUGCAUUUGAAAAACAAUAUGAUAAGGUAAUGAAUUUCUGUGAAUGUAGUAGUUUCGUAACUAAUACAUUUAAUUAUUUGAAAUAUUUACAAUAUGAUCUGUUUUAUACUUUAAUUAAUCUACUCCGAUAGUCAAUUCAAAAACUGCUUAAUUUAAUUUGUAGGUGACUAAUUGUAAGUAUGCAACAUGGUCCCAACGAAACGUAGGUUUUCUUGUACGAAAUUCUUCAUUUUUCUCCAAAUUUGCAUUAUAAUGGCACUCGCAAUUUGACCAUGCUUAUCUUUAUAUUUGCUUUCUAUCAAUAUAUUAU